AUCAUAUCCACCAUUUUUAAUAAUUCCAUAUGAUUGAUAUUCCUUCUGUUACCCUUCACCAAACUACAGCACAUGGACUAAAUCUCCUUCUCUAUAUUUAUUACAACAACCCACCAAAAAAACAAACCCUUCUUUAGGUUCACUUCAUUAAAUUGUGUAACUGAAUCAGCUUUUUUUUUUUUUUUUUUUUUUUUUCAUUUGACACAGUGAAAAAAUAAUGGCUUUGUUUCAAUGCCGCAUUCCAUUUUCAGCAAUAUCAGUAACUGCAAACAGGCCUUUUUCAAGAAUGCAAGUUACAAAAUUGUUUCUUGGCAAGAACCCACCUGCUAAAACCACCCGAAAGAAAUUUUCAACUAUUCAUUAUGCUUUGAACAAUUCCAAUAAUAAGCAUUCAUCCAUAUCCACCUUUAGUGAGUUGAUUGAGGCUUUAAUUAGUGGGAAAGAUUUGACGGAAUGUGAAGCAGAAGAUUCUCUUGAUUAUUUGUUGGAUGGUGCUGAUGAAGCUUUAAUUAGUGCUUUUCUUGUUCUUUUGAGAGCUAAAGGUGAAACCUUUGAAGAAGUAGUGGGAUUGGCAAGGGCAAUGAUAAAGCAUUGCAGACAAGUGGAAGGCUUAGGCGACGCAGUUGAUAUUGUUGGGACAGGAGGGGAUGGAGCAAACACGGUGAAUAUCUCAACAGGUGCUUCAAUACUUGCUGCUGCUUGUGGUGCAAAAGUAGCCAAGCAAGGGAAUAGGUCAAGUUCAUCCGCUUGUGGGAGCGCAGAUGUAUUGGAAGAACUGGGCGUUGUGAUUGAGCUGGACCCUGAGGGGGUGAAAGAGUGUGUAAAUCGUGCUGGAAUUGGUUUCAUGAUGUCUCCAAUCUACCAUCCAGCGAUGAAGAUUGUCAGACCUAUCAGAAAAAAGCUGAAAGUAAAGACAGUAUUCAAUAUCUUGGGACCAAUGUUGAACCCAGCAAGAGUUCCGUUUGCUGUAGUAGGAGUUUACAAAGAAGACCUGGUCCACAAAAUGGCUAAAGCAGUGCAGAGGUUUGGCAUGAAAAGAGCAUUGGUUGUUCACUCAGAAGGCCUAGAUGAGAUGAGUCCUCUUGGCCCUGGGUUAGUCCUUGACGUCACACCAGACAAUAUUGAGAAGUUCUCCUUUGAUCCAUUGGACUUUGGCAUCCCUCGCUGCACUCUGGAAAGCUUGCGAGGUGGAGGUCCAGAGUACAACGCUGAGAUGCUCAGACGUGUGCUGUCAGGAGAAAAAGGGUCGAUUGCUGAUGCAUUUGCACUAAAUGCAUCAGCUGCUCUCCUGGUUAGUGGACAUGUUAACAAUCUGGCUGAAGGAGUGUCCUUAGCUCGUGAGACACUACAAUCUGGCAAAGCGGUGAAGACACUUGAUCUAUGGAUUGAAGUUUCCAAUAAGGUGAAGGAAGCAGUACCUCAGGACACUCAAGUUUCUGCAUGAACUGACCAUGUUAAGUACAGUUAGCGAGAUUGAGAAUAUUCUCACUGUCAACAGCUUUCCCUGCUAAUCGAUCGUUUAAAAGAUUCAAAUCAAAGAAAGAAUGGAAGAAACUACACAACUUGCAAUUUUGGCUUGGAGAAGGAUCAAAAGAAGGGGUUAAAAAGAGAAUAAAAAUAAAUGUUCCUUUGGCUUGUGAAAUUUGGAAGGCAGCUGUAGAUUUCUGUGGAAAGCAUUGUUUCUAAUACUCACUAGUGACAAUAACCAAGCAAAGGAAGUGGCUCCUUUGCUGACAGUAAAUUUCUCUGAGGAUAAAAAAGAAGAAAAAAUAUAUGACACCCAUUUGUAUCAUUUCUUGAAGAAUGAUUUUAAAAAAUGGCACAAAGAUAUGGUCUGUGGACCCCUAAUUUCGUACA